AAUCACACGCCCCCCCUACAAAACCCUAAUUCAUCAUCUUACGCCUUCAUCCUCUAUAGACAGAAGACACAUCCUUUCGUCUCCGUUGCCGCUCUCAAACAUUUAGAAGAAAUGGCUGAAAAGGGAGGAGUAGUUGUUCCAGAGUCAGUUUUGAAGAAGCAAAAGAGAACCGAGGAAUGGGCAAUUGCCAAAAAGCAAGAGUCCGAAGAGUUAAAGAAAAAGAAUGCUGCUAACAGGAAGUUGAUCUUUAACAGGGCUAAGCAGUACAGCAAGGAGUAUGAAGCCCAGGAGAAAGAGUUGAUUCAGCUUAAGCGUGAAGCUAGGUUGAAAGGUGGGUUUUAUGUGAACCCAGAAGCCAAGAUGUUGUUUAUCAUCCGUAUUCGCGGUAUUAAUGCCAUGGAUCCAAAGUCUAAGAAGAUCUUGCAGCUUUUGCGUCUCAGACAGAUUUUCAAUGGUGUGUUCUUGAAAGUCAAUAAAGCCACAUUGAACAUGCUACACAGGGUUGAGCCAUAUGUUACCUAUGGGUACCCCAACUUGAAGAGUGUGAAAGAGUUGAUUUACAAGAGAGGGUACGGAAAACUUAACAAGCAAAGAAUCCCAUUAACCGACAACUCAAUUGUUGAACAGGGUCUUGGAAAGUUUGGAAUCAUUUGUGUUGAAGAUCUUAUUCACGAGAUCUUGACUGCUGGUCCUCACUUUAAAGAAGCAAACAACUUUCUCUGGCCAUUCAAGCUGAAAGCACCUUUGGGUGGUUUGAAAAAGAAGAGGAACCAUUAUGUUGAAGGUGGAGAUGCUGGAAACCGUGAAGAUUUCAUCAACGAGCUAAUCAGGAGGAUGAAUUAGAAUGAUGUGGGAAACAAGGUCUCGUGUUUUGAACUUUAGGAUUACUAGAUUGUUUACUUGUCCUUUGAUCUUUGAGAGCCGGAUACUUUACUUUUUAAGCCAAGAGAAUGAAACAUCAUUCAGGAUGUCUUUGUUAUUUAGUAUUUUGACUUGCUAUAGCAUUUAUGUGAUGCUGGUUUGUUUUA